AUUUCCAAGCGUCUCAGAAGAAAAUAAAAGCGUAAAGGACGGGGUCUUUGAAAGAGCGAGGACGUUUGGGGCGCGUGAGGAAUGUGCACUUGCGAAUCGCAAGUCACCGCGGCUGCGGCAGCGAGGCCGCCGCGUGGGCGCCGUGGCGGACUGUGAGCGACUGCAGGCCCUGGAGGAGGGCCGGACCUGGCUGGGUGGGUGGGGACUGGGGCUGUAACCUGGCAGCCAUCGAGAGAAAGAAGAUUAUAAAUGCCAGAGCCAUUUAACUGAUGGUUAACUGUUGCAUUCUGGCACUUCUUUAAAUACCUUCUUGCACCAACCUCUUCACUGGGAAGAUUUCAGGAAAAGUAGCCGAGGGAAAGAGAGGCAACAUUCACAUGUACCAUGGCUAUACCAAUAACAGUGCUUGACUGUGAUCUCUUACUGUAUGGACGAGGUCACCGGACAUUGGACCGUUUUAAGCUUGAUGAUGUCACUGAUGACUACUUGAUGUCCAUGUAUGGUUUUCCUCGACAGUUCAUUUAUUGCUUGGUGGAGCUCUUGGGAGCCAGUCUUUCUAGACCUACUCAGAGAUCCAGGGCUAUUAGCCCAGAGACACAGAUCCUUGCAGCACUGGGCUUCUAUACUUCAGGUUCCUUCCAGACCCGGAUGGGAGAUGCUAUUGGAAUCAGUCAGGCAUCAAUGAGUCGAUGUGUUGCCAAUGUCACUGAAGCACUUGUGGAAAGAGCCUCACAGUUCAUUCGCUUUCCAGUUGACGAGGCAUCCAUUCAGGCUCUGAAGGAUGAGUUCUACGGGUUGGCUGGGAUGCCAGGAGUAAUAGGAGUGGUUGACUGUAUGCAUGUGGCAAUCAAGGCACCAAAUGCUGAAGACCUCUCCUAUGUGAACCGUAAAGGUCUGCAUUCUUUAAACUGCCUGAUGGUGUGUGACAUCAGAGGGGCACUCAUGGCUGUGGAGACGAACUGGCCAGGCAGCCUGCAGGACUACGCAGUGCUGCAGCAGUCUUCCCUUAGUAGGCAGUUUGAAGCUGGGAUGCACAAAGACAGCUGGCUGCUUGGUGACAGUUCCUUCUCUCUCCAUACCUGGCUCAUGACCCCUCUUCACAUUCAUGAAACGCCAGCCGAGUAUCGCUAUAAUAUGGCCCAUUCUGCAACUCACAGUGUGAUUGAGAAGACUUUCCGAACACUCUGCUCCCGGUUCCGCUGCCUGGAUGGGUCCAAGGGGGCACUGCAGUACUCACCUGAGAAGUCCAGCCACAUCAUCUCAGCUUGUUGUGUCCUCCACAACAUCUCCCUGGAGCAUGGGAUGGAUGUUUGGUCCUCUCCAACGACAGGACCCGUGGAACAGCCCCCUGAGGAAGGGUAUGAGCACAUGGAGUCCCUGGACCUGGAGGCCGACCGGAUCCGCCAGGAGCUGGUGCUCACUCACUUUAGCUAAUGUGAAAGGUGGGGAGGAGGAGGAAAGCUUUCCAGAAGGACCUGUGACAGACUUCCUCCCUCACCAACCCCUACACAGCCCCAUCGUCUAGAGUAACCAAGUGUGGACACUUGUCCCAAAUUGACAUUUAAUCUGCAUGUUUUUUAGAAGAGUGGAGGCUAUGCCAUAAUAUCUCAAUUCAUUUGCAAUUUUAUUAACUAAACCAAAAGCAGGACAACAGUUCCCUACUAUGGAUUGAACUCCAGGUUGAUCCUCAGUCAUUUGAAAGGUCACUGUCUGCAGACAUUUAUGAUCGUGCCUACAACAUCAAACAAAAAGGAAGUGGCAUCUAGCCAGAACACUUUAUUUUUAUUUCAGUUAUCUGGAGAUUUCAAAUGAAAACAGUAUUUACUUGUCCUGAAUUAUUCAGAUGGUAUUUUAGCUUUUCCACUUUGCUGCCGAUAUAGGCAUAAUCUGAGGCAAGUGUAAAAAGUAACUUUAGGUUGGAGGAUGGUCUUCUGACACUGGCAAAUGGCUACUAAGCUGAGUUUGCAGCUUUGUGUUUUUGAGAAGAUGUUAGAUACAGUGUGAAACUCGAAACCUUUGUCUUUAGUCUUUCUGCAUUAAUUAGACUGUGACUUGGACCUAGUUCCCAGGGAGAACAUCUGGACUCCAAUCUCCUAUUUCCAGCCCUGAGUGGGAGUUAGAGGCUAAAUAGGUUAAGAACCCAAUCAGCUUAAGGAAGAAAAGUCAAACACAGGUAACAUAACAGGCUUACACUUUACAGGGGAUCUAAAGACCCUGAUAAAUUGAUGGACAGAGGAAAGUCACCCAGGUUUUAACAGCUCAUGUCAUAGAUCACAUUUCUUAUGAUUGUGAUGUUAGCAUGUCUGUUUGGCCAUUCAGCUUUGAAAUUCCUUGUACUGAAGGAAGAUUUAGAGAAUAAAGAAGGCAUAUGAAAGUAUUAAGAAGGAGAGGUAAAAAGAACAUAAUUUCACUUGAAAUUAAUUUUGAAGUUAGACCUACUUGAAUAUCUUGUAUGCAAAGUAAUGGACAGAAUUUCCCAGGAAAUAAAUAAUCCCCCACCACAUCUUAUUCUAGAAUUAUACUGAUACAAAAAUAACCUGAUUGGAAUAAUGAAAGUGUAAAUUAGGUUCACACAUUGGUGCCUCUGCUAGGCCAAAAAAAGAGACUUUCCUGAGGAUUGUCUUGUUCCCAAUUUUUCAUCCACUCCCCAUGUGAUACCUCUGAGUUGUUCCUCUUGGAUCACUUCCUACCUGCCUUCUGCAGUGUUAAUCUGGUAACGUUCAAAGGAAAGAAAUGAGCAGCAGAUGACAGAGAAACUUGGAAAUAAAUUGAGGGUGACUCAUCCACAAGAUUAAAAACAAUUAUGGAUUAUUAUCUGCCGUUUAAUUCUACUCCAAAUGCUAUUUUUCCAUCAUCAUCCUACAGUAUAAAGAGUAGGUCCAUUUGGCAGGAGACUGAGCUUGCAAAGUACAAUGAAGUCAUUGAGAUGGGAGUGGACAACAAAGAGGUGACUGUAAACUUCAGCUCUGCCUAUUGUGCAAUGGAGGUGCCCUGUUACAUUUUUUCCUUUGUAAAGUUUAACUUGUAAUCCAAGCUUGCUUUGUCUCCUUCAUAAGGCAAUAUUUUAACCCUCACAGUCUUUCCAAGUUUCCUGAGGUGGAUGUUUUACCCUAUAAAGUUCUGGUUCUGCCUGUUGCCUGAGGAAAGGGUUACGGCCACUCGUGCAUCUAAGUGGUGAGGUGGAGAGUCAUCUUGGAAAGUGCCUAGCAUUUUAGCCUUAAAAAACUACAUUAAAGGAAAAUUGGGGCUUUCACAACUCAGUUGAUGGUGACAUAAAGUCUGAGUUGGAAAGACAGUCUUGGAGAGAUUUUAAACGCAAUUUCAAGUCUUAGUUACAUACCAAAGAUAAUUUCUGAGUGCCGAACUGACUGAACAUUGGCUGGCAGUAUUUUUCCCUGGGAGCAUUUUAUUAAUAUUUCCUAAUAAUUCUACAGAGUAACUGUAUAAAUAUAUUCUUUUAAUCUCCUUUCAAUCUGGAUUUUGACAGGCCAGGAUUUUUUUUUUUUCAGUUCAUAGUCACAUUUUCCCCAAAAUGACCUAGGGAAGGGAUCAAGGUUUGUACUUGCAAAUUGCUAAGAGCUUGCUCAUAGUGGCUUUUUAUGUAAGUGCCUGAGAAGUCUUCUCCUGAGGGCCUUAUUGUGGAUUCAUAGUGUCUUCCUGGCACAGCUUUGGGAAAGAGUCAAGGAUUUUGCUUGUCUUAUAUAAGCCUCAUCUUCCCAUAGAUGACCAUUUGGUGAGCACAGAAGUUUUCCAGAUUUGCCCUUAGAUGUUUCAAGACAGCAAAGUCCGAAGAUACAUUAAGAGGAAACUACAAUAUUGGGUUGCCACUGGUUUACCAAUUCCAAACUACACAAAAGAGGGACAUAACAUAAACAUAUCCAUAAACAUAUCCUUAGUUUAAAAUGAACAGAAAACUAAAAAAAUACAUAUAAAGAAAAAUAAAUUAACAGAGAGGGGGCUCUUUUCCUGACCCUUGGACUGUAGGAGUCUAUAGCAAGUUAAUCUAACUUGGGGACAGAAAAGAAGACACAAUUCUAAUGGCGUUGUAUAGUGUAGAUGUGUAAAAGGUGGGGAGGGGUAAAAUAGAGUCUAGACAGAUAAUAGACCUACUACUACUGACACCAUAAACUGAAACCAACUCCAGAACUGAGCUUGCCAGUCACUUUCCCUGGCAAAGGAGGAGACUUUAGGAGGAAGACCAGAGAAUAAAUCAAUGAGUCUUACCCAUUGUGCACGCACAUGUCCUCAGAGCCAUGGCACAUGGUCGCUAGAUCCCAUCAGAUCUUAUGAUGUUGACUCAGAAUUAAGCUAAGACUUUAUUGAUUGUGAGAAUGGCCAUGAAGGAAGAAAGGUAAAGUACUAACUAAAGGCUGGGGAUAACCCAGUUCCCCAGUAUAUACAAUUCACAGGCUCUUUAAAAAGAAAAUAUGAUUGCAAUCUAAAAUCCUCUUCGUGAUAAUCAAAUAUGAGAGAUGAGAUCUCUGAAUACUAAAUAGGAGCAAGGAGAGUAGAACUUGAAACCACAAAUUAGUAAAUUUCAGUAAAAAAAGUCUUUGAAAGAAAUCUCCAUGUUCACCCAGCGAAACAUUAAGCAUCAUUCUGUUGCGACCCACUCUAACCUUACAUAUACAGCUUUCUUCAUGGAAGGACUGACAUGUUGUCAUUCCAGAGUUUUAAAAUGUUCAUAUAUUUUAAUCCAUUGAUAAAUUACACUUCUGGAGAAUUUAUUUUGUAUCUGAGUACCAUUUAUAUACAUUAAAAACACACCCACACGUUAAAACCCUACAAGUUUACAUAGAUGCAUGGAAAUUUUUUGGUUUUUUCACCACCAUUGGAAAUUUAUUCAAUAUAAAUAAUUCCAAAGAAGGAAGAGGCUUUUUGGAUCUCUCUCCUCUGGGCUGCUGGUGUAUAACCAUACUGCUUCUAACUUUACCAUCCAGCCCAAAGUGUGUAUUGUAUCCUACAGUGCUGUGAGACCAGGUUCCGAAAGAACAGUAUAAAAAAUCAAAAAAAGAACAAUAGAAUUGCAACAGCAAAACCUACAACUGGCUCAUCAUUUUGGCUGCUUAA